AUGCCAGUUUUAAUGGCUUACUGGGUCUACUUGCUUGCAAUGUCACUGGCAGUCAGCAAAGGUCAUGCUUUGAGGAGAAUAACCCUAAAGAAGAUGCCAUCUAUCAGGGAGACGCUGCAGGAUAUGGGAGUUUCAGUGGAGCAGGUGUUGACUGAGCUUGCCCAGAUCAGCUCACAAGACUUCAGCAACGGGACCGCUCCCACACCUCUCACCAACUAUUUGGAUACCCAGUACUAUGGGGAAAUCAGUAUUGGCUCCCCGGCUCAGAUGUUCAACGUAGUAUUCGACACGGGGUCGGCUAACCUGUGGGUGCCCUCGCAAAGCUGCUCCCCUUUCUUCACGGCCUGCUUUACUCACAAUAGAUACGAUGCCUCCCGGUCGCACACCUACAUGGAAAACGGAACAGGAUUUUCCAUCCAGUACGCUUCAGGAAACGUGAGGGGAUUUCUUAGCGAGGAUGUGGUCGUGGUUGGUGGAAUCCCUGUAGUCCAGGUUUUUGCCGAAGCCACCGCCCUGUCUGCCAUGCCGUUCAUCUUUGCCAAGUUUGACGGCGUCCUGGGGAUGGGCUACCCGAAUGCGGCCAUCGACGGUAUCACUCCAGUGUUUGACCGCAUCAUGUCUCAACAUGUCCUCAAGGAGGAGGUGUUCUCCGUCUAUUACAGCAGGAACCCCCACCAUUCCCCAGGUGGAGAGCUGGUUCUUGGUGGCACGGACCCAAACUACUACACUGGGAACUUUAAUUACAUGGAGACCAAAGAGAUGGGCAAAUGGGAGGUUAUCAUGAAAGGCGUUUCUGUGGGGACAGAAAUGAUAUUUUGCACAGAGGGCUGCACAGCUGUGAUAGACACAGGCUCGUCUUACAUCACCGGUCCAGCCUCUUCCGUCUCCGUGUUGAUGAAAAUUAUUGGAGCACAGCUGGAUGAAAGUGGGUACAAAGUGAACUGCGACACAGUGAAGACAUUGCCAAGUAUCGCUUUCCAUCUGGGUGGCCAUCAGUACUUGCUCACACAGGAGGACUACAUUUUAUGGCAAUCACAGAUCGAGGGAGAUGUCUGCAUUGUCACGUUCAGGGGCUUGGAUGUACCCCCUCCUACGGGUCCCAUUUGGAUUUUGGGAGCCAACUUCAUUGCUCGCUACUACACAGAGUUUGACCGUCAUAAUAAUCGAAUAGGUUUUGCAGUAGCAGUCUGACACUCCUUUGGGUC